AUGCAUUUCUUGUCCAAAAUUUUCUCCUUGGUGCUGGUCACCUCAGCUUCUGCCAUUCCACAUACAUCGCAAAGUACCUGUGAUGAAUCAUCCCUGAACACCACCACUUUCAUAUACACCACAAAAUCGGAAGAUACAAUCUUCAGCAUCGCCAAGAAGUUCGAUCGUGGAGCAUGCGAUAUCGCACGCGCCAAUCGAAUGAUCGACGCAGAACACCUAUAUGGAGAUUUUACCCUUCACAUCCCCGCCCAGGUCUGCAGCCCCGAUAGCAGCACCUGUUUGUUGACAAAGCAGAAUGCCACAGAGACCUGUGUGAAGGGCGGACCGCACGACUACAGAAGUAUUGCGGGCGACACGAUUGAACGAAUUGCUCUUUACAAGCUGAACGUUACUGUUGAGACCAUCUGGUCUCAGGCAAAGGACAUGAUCUCUUCGACAACUGAGGUUUUGCCUGCGGGUACUUGGCUCAAGAUUCCUCAGUGUGUUCCUAGUGUUUGCACUAUUACUCCGUUCCAUUUCACCUAUGGUGUUUAUAAAGAUCUUGCUGAGAAAUUUGGGACUACUGUUGGACAAAUUAUGUCUUUCAAUGGCAUGUACAACUAUAGUGAUCAUACUGCUGCCGAGGCGGCUUGGAUUACUGUUCCGAUGGGAUGUACUACUUUGUCAUUGAAUGUGACAGAGGAGGUUUAG